AUUUAGUGUCAGUGCUCUGGACAAUAAAAACAUGAAAACACUUCUAAUAUCCAUUCAGUUUUUUUUUGUUAUAUUUAUUAUAUACGUUUGUGUCAUUAACACCGAGGACAUCCCAUAUGAACACAGUCGAAAUUACCGUCUCAUUGAAGAUGAUUCUGCUUGGGAAAACCUUAUUAAUGACUGGACAAGUGAAGCAGAAAAAGAUUUAAGUGGUUUACACGAGAUAAAAAGAAGCAGUGUAGUUGCAACAGAAACACCAAGUAUAGAAAAAAUAAAAGAGUUUAUUCAAACAUUUGAACCUGCAUUUAAAAAAGCUCAAAAAAAUAUACAAAACAUUGUGAAAAGCAGUGCUGUUUUAACUGGUCGUUUAAAAGCUGCUUACAGCGUUCAAGGAAAACUAAAAAAUGAUGGAAAUGGUCUUGAGGAUUUAAAAGAUAUCAUUGGACUAAGACUAACGUGUCAAACAGUAAAAGAUUCUCUCCAAAUAACUAAAGCUAUUAAGGAAGAUAAAAAAAAUUUUGAAAUUUUAGAAGAGAAAUGUUAUGGAAUGUGUCCUGGUGCUGAAAAAUACAAAAAGGGUGGAUACAGGAGAAUUCAUCUAAUUCUUCGCUUGAAACCAGAAAAUAAACCAGCAGAGUUACAAAUUGGUACACCAUUUACAAACUAUUGGGCAGAUUGGAGUCAUGACUUUAUCUAUAAGGGACCCGCAGAAAUAACGAACCAAUCAACGGUUCAGAGUUAUUCCGUGUUAUUAGCUGAUUAUUUUUUAAAACUAGACAAUGAGCGUGACAAGAUGCCAAUUUGUCCAAAUAUUUUAAAUAAAUCAAAUGCUCUUGAUAUUUUAAAAACAGCUAUACCAAAUGAAAAAGAUGCAAUAAAAAUGUUUAAUAAAGUUAAUCAACCCCCUAAUGCAUGUUUUUGGUGGUACGAUAUGCUUUUAGCUCUUCCAGAAAAAACUUGCUGUAAACAAGAUGCAUCCCACAGAAAACAAAACCACCUUCAUGAACGUAGAAGUUCACAGAAAAUCCGAGGUUUCCACGAACACAGAAAAAAAACAGAAAAAAAUCAAGUCAAUCAAAGUUUUGAUUUUAUCGGAGGCCAUACACGAGACUAUAUUUUAUUAGAUGAUCAGUUGAACUCCUGGAAUAAACUUCUCAGUAACUGGCAAAGAGAAGCGAAAAACAAUCUCUGGGUAAGAAGAAGUAGCUCGGGUGUAUCACAGAUACCGACACUUCCUGAGAUUGAAAAAUUCAUUAAGACACACCAACAAGCUUUUGACUCAGCACAAAAAAGCAUCAAAAGUAUUGUGAACAGCAGUGCUGUUUUAACUGGUCGUUUAAAAGCAGCAUACAGCGUUCAAGGAAAAUUAGAAAAGGAUAAAACUACUCUACAGGAGUUAAACGAUAUCAUCGGCCUUAGACUAACUUGUCAAACAGUAAAUGAAGCUCUUCGAAUUACUGAUGCUAUUAAAAAAGACAAAAAAAACUUUGAAAUAUUGAAAGAAAAAUGUUAUGGAAUGUGUCCCAAAGCAGGAAAAUACAAAGAAGGUGGAUAUCGAAGAAUCCAUCUCAUUCUUCGUUUAAUACAAGGCAAUAAAACAGCUGAACUACAAAUCGGAACGCCAUAUACAAACUAUUGGUCAGACUGGAGUCAUGAUUUUAUUUAUAAAGGUCCACCAGAAAUUAGUAAAAGUAUAGAAGUAAAUAGUUAUUCAUUGGCGUUAGCUGAUUAUUUUUUGAUAUCAGACACCAGCAGAUCAAACUUGCCAUUGUGCCCAUCUUUUUUAAAAAGUGCAAAUGCAAUGAAGAUUCUAAAUUCGAGUUUACCCCCAGCUGAUGCUGAAAAAAUGUUCAAAAAGAUAGGUGAACCACCGAAUGGUUGUUUUUGGUGGUACGAUAUGAAACUUGGACAAUAACAGUCCGGAAAAAUUUUAUUGUAAAUUAGAAGUUAACUUAUCAAAUAAUUUAAAUACUUUUUCUUUAAUCAAAA